AUGACCCUACACAAGGGGAGGCAAGAGCCCUUCUCCAUUGUCAAUCCGGACUUUGAUCGAAUACAUGUCCGGCAGUCUGCAUACUCCGUAGACCGGCCCAGCGGGCUUCGACGAGUUGUUUCCGCAAGAGUAUUGAGUCCUCACCUGGAUUCAUCCGAGUCCUUGCCCAGCGAGCAUAGCUCUCUCUACGAUGCUUUCCUGUCGAGCUACGAAUCCGAACAUAAUAACGGACCGCCCCCGAAUGCGAAGAAAGACGACGUAGAGAGCUCAAAGACAGCUGGUGCCAGCCACUUGCAAGAACUGCGCACCUGGGAUAGCGAAAGAGCUCGAUGUCGAGACAGACUUGCAGUGCCCUCGUUGGAGACUAUCUUCGAGAACCAGAGUGUAUCUACUCAUCGAGCUGCAUCGUCCCGGUCACGGUUAAGGCCAUGUGCAUCGGUUGAUGUCUCGCUGAAUACAAAGACUUCAUACUCGGGAGUUUCGUUCAGGACACAGCUCGUGUGCUGGAAUCAAUACGGAUCAAAAAUAUAUUCUUUUGACGACAACGACAUACCUUCGUUUCGACCUAGAUUCUCUUGUACACCGCUUGCUCCUCGUGAACGCCGCCAUUCAUGCAGUACAUUCUCUUCAGAUGGAAGUUUUGAGAUCCCCCGCUGGUUCAACUGCGUUGUGUCUCCAGCAGAACCUACUCAGCCUAUACAUCCUCCUCCGCAUAGACCUAGUACUCCCCCUGGUGUUCCGUCCUUUGGUUCACCAGAAGCUCUAAACUACGACUUAUCUUCUUUCUCGCGUUCAGCUCCACGAACAGGCCAGGGCAGCAACAGGUCAUCGCCGCAAACUAAUCGAAGCCCAGCUGGAGGAGAAAGGGAUGAUGAUGGAUGUGGUUGUUGUGGCAUUGGCUUUCAGCGAGCUUUCCGUGAGACAACGUCCUACAUCACAUAUCAGCCUCCUGAACGCCUACCCCCUGGAGUUCUCGCAAGGGCUGAUGAUGGGACUCUUAUUCGAGGGAGGUUUGGUGCUCGAGCAAGCGGACAUGGCAUUGGUGCCUCAGCAUGCUUAGAGAACCAUCCUUUUCACCAGAAUCAUCUGCCUAUUGCACGGACAAAGGAUACGGAUAUCAGGCUGCCGCCGCCAGCUCGACUACGGCCCAGCACUUCCCCCAACGAGUUUGGUGUCUGUGUGUCAUCAACUGGUAGUCCAAUCUCACUUCCGCGGUAUAGAUCGUUGCUUGAUGACCACAGGGUUCUACCCGCUCCCUCUACCCCCGUCCGAGUUUCGUCCGCAGCCCAUACUAAAAAUCCGACUACUCCACCACGACCUAGAGAGCAGAUGGUAUAUUCACGCCCUGUGUCAACAUCGGCUUCAGCCAGGAAUGUCACCUCCUCAUCCAGAACUCAGCACGCCAGUGCGCCAUCUUCCAGCCAGAGCGGCUUACUACGGCUCUGGAAUCUCGUUUCAUUAAACGUAACCAAAUGCUGCUUCGGACUGGGCGCUGACGACGAACACGAGAGACAGCGAGGUACACAGAUGCAACAAAUGUCGAGUUCCCCCACCAGGCAGCCAUAA